AUGGGCUGGCAGAAGACAUUCACUCUGCAGAACCGGAGCAAAGGCUGCCAUCUUAUAACGCGCGAAGUGCUCGCUCAGAUAGAGCCUGGUCUGAGUGGUGUUCAGGUUGGCAUGUUGUAUCUCUUCAUUCAACACACCUCCGCAGCGUUGACGAUAAAUGAGAACUUCGACAGUGACGUCCGCCGAGAUAUGGACAUGGCACUGGACAACAUCGUCCCGGAAAAUCUCAACUGGCUUCACACAGACGAAGGGCCUGAUGAUUCUGUCUCGCAUACCAAGACUUCACUCAUUGGAACUUCUAUCUGUAUCCCAAUCACGGACGGCAGGCUGAACCUCGGUACCUGGCAAGGUAUCUAUCUCACGGAAUUUCGCCAUAUGCCUCAUUCAAGGCGGUUAGUAGCGACUAUUUUGUCGUAA